AUGGCGAGCAGGCCGGUAGCGCUGGAGGAGGCCGACCGACUGGCUCGCCGCCCCAUCGGCGGCCCGACUUCCCCCUGGAGAAGGGGCAGCGCUGGCCGACGGCCCCUGUGGAUCGUCUACAUGGCGCUUUUCUGGAGGCUCAGCGCCGCCGACUCGGAGUUUUCCAUUUUGGAUGAGGCGCAAGUUUUAGCCACUCAGAUGAGAAAACUGGCCACGGAGGAGCUCGGGGUGGUCACUAUGCAGCGGAUAUUCAACUCCUUCGUGUACACAGAAAAAAUCUCCAAUGGAGAAAGUGAAGUUCAACAGCUAGCAAAAAAAAUUCGGGAAAAAUUUAACCGUUACUUGGAUGUGGUAAAUCGAAACAAGCAUGUGGUGGAAGCUUCGUACACUGCUCAUUUGACAUCACCCCUGACCGCAAUUCAAGAUUGCUGCACCAUUCCACCAUCUAUGAUGGAGUUUGAUGGAAAUUUUAACACGAAUGUAUCUAGAACCAUCAGCUGUGAUAGACUGUCUACCACUGUGAAUAGCAGAGCGUUCAAUCCUGGGCGAGAUUUAAACUCUGUUCUUGCUGACAAUCUGAAAUCCAAUCCAGGAAUUAAAUGGCAGUACUUUAGUUCAGAAGAAGGAAUUUUUACUGUGUUUCCAGCUCACAAAUUUCGAUGCAAGGGCAGUUACGAACACCGUAGCAGGCCUGUCUAUGUUUCUACAGUUAGACCUCAGUCUAAGCAUAUAGUUGUUGUUGUGGACCAUGGGGCUUCAGUUACAGAGACACAACUCCAAAUCGCUAAAGAUGCAGCUCAAGUUAUUCUGAACUCAAUAGAUGAACAUGAUAAGAUCUCUGUGUUAACUGUGGCAGACACAGUAAGAACCUGCUCCUUGGAUCAGUGCUAUAAGACAUUUCUGUCUCCUGCCACCAGUGAGACAAAAAGGAAAAUGUCCACCUUCGUUAGCAAUAUAAAGUCAUCUGACAGCCCUACCCAGCAUGCGGCAGGAUUUCAAAAAGCAUUUCAGUUGAUACGAAAUACAAACAAUAGCACUAAACUCCAAGCAAAUACAGAUAUGGUUGUAAUUUAUUUAUCAGCUGGAAUAACAUCAAGGGAUUCAUCAGAAGAUGGUAAAAAGACUACACUUCGUGUCAUCAAUGAAGAAAAUAGUUUUCUUAACAACUCCGUGAUGAUCCUUACCUAUGCACUCAUGAAUGAGGGAGUGACAGGUUUAAAAGAAUUAGCAUUUCUCCGAGAUUUGGCAGAACAAAACUCAGCGAAGUAUGGAGUGCCUGACCGAACUGCCUUACCUGUGAUAAAAGGGAGCAUGAUGGUCUUGAAUCAGCUGAGCAAUUUGGAAACCACUGUCGGACGGUUUUAUACAAAUCUCCCAAACCACAUGAUUGAUGAAGCAGUCUUCAGUUUGCCUUUUUCAGAUGAAAUGGGAGACGGCCUGAUAAUGACUGUAAGCAAACCUUGCUAUUUUGGAAACUUACUAUUAGGAAUUGUUGGAGUAGAUGUUAACUUAGCCUAUAUUUUGGAAGAUGUCACCUAUUACCAAGAUUCUUUGGCUUCCUACACAUUUCUGAUAGAUAAUAAAGGGUACACUCUUAUGCACCCCUCUCUUACCAGACCCUACUUGCUUUCUGAACCACCACUUCACACAGAUAUAAUACAUUAUGAGAAUAUUCCAAAAUUUGAACUGGUUCGACAGAAUAUCCUUAGCCUCCCUCUAGGCAGUCAGCUUAUUACAGUCCCAGUGAACUCCUCACUGUCUUGGCAUGUAAACAAACUGCGUGAAAUUGGGAAGGAUGCCUACAACGUGAGUUAUGCUUGGAAAAUGGUCCAAGAUACAUCCUUCAUUUUGUGUAUUGUUGUGAUACAACCAGAAAUACCUGUGAGACAUCUUAAAAACCUUAAUACUGUACCCAGUAGCAAGCUUCUUUAUCAUCGACUGGAUCUUUUGGGUCAGCCCAAUGCUUGUCUGCAUUUCAAACAACUGGCAACCUUAGAAAGCCCUACAGUUAUGCUGUCAGCAGGUAGUUUCUCUUCUCCAUAUGAACAUUUGAGCCAACAUGAGACUAAGAGGAUGGUGGAGCAUUACACAGCAUAUCUUAGUGACAACACACGCCUCAUUGCCAACCCUGGGCUGAAGUUCUCUGUCAGAAAUGAAGUAAUGGCUACCAGUCACGUCACAGAUGAAUGGAUGACACAAAUGGAAAUGAGUAGCUUGAACAGUUACAUUGUCCGCCGUUACAUAGCAACGCCCAAUGGGGUGCUCAGAAUUUAUCCUGGUUCCCUCAUGGACAAAGCAUUUGAUCCCACUAGGAGACAAUGGUAUCUCCAUGCAGUGGCGAAUCCAGGACUAAUUACUUUCACUGGGCCAUAUUUAGAUGUUGGAGGAGCUGGCUAUGUGGUUACCAUCAGUCAUACAGUUCAUUCUUCAAGUUCACAAAUGUCUUCUGGCCAUUCUGUUGCUGUGAUGGGUAUUGAUUUUACUCUGAGGUACUUCUACAAGGUACUAAUGGACCUUUUACCAGUUUGUAACCAAGAUGGGGGCAAUAAAAUAAGGUGCUUCAUUAUGGAGGACAGAGGGUAUCUUGUGGCACACCCAACGCUUAUUGAUCCCAAAGGUCACGCUCCAGUAGAACAACAACAUAUUACACACAAGGAACCCCUGGUGGCAAAUGAUAUCCUGAACCAUCCAAACUUUGUGAAGAAAAACCUUUGUAACAGUUUUAGUGACAGAACAGUCCAGAGGUUUUAUAAAUUUAAUACCAACCUAACGGGUGAUCUGACAAAUCUUGUGCAUGGCAGCCACUGUUCUAAAUACAAGCUGACAAGAAUACCUGGAACCAAUGCCUUUGUUGGAAUAGUAAAUGAAACCUGUGACUCGCUUGCCUUCUGUGCCUGUAGCAUGGUAGAUAGGCUCUGUCUGAACUGUCACAGAAUGGAACAGAAUGAAUGUGAAUGUCCUUGUGAGUGCCCUCUGGAGGUCAAUGAGUGUACUGGCAAUCUUACCAAUGCAGAAAGCAGAAAUCCUAGUUGUGAAGUCCAUCAGGAACCUAUGACGUUUGCUGCAGUUGAUCCCAGUCUACAAGAUGCUCUUCCACAGUGUAUUAAUACACGGUGUAAUCAAAGGAUGGAGAGCGGGGAUUGUUUUGGUGUCUUAGACUGUGAGUGGUGCAUGGUGGACAGUGAUGGAAAGACUCAUCUAGAUAAAUCCUACUGUGCUCCGCAGAAAGAAUGCUUUGGGGGUAUUGUGGGCGCCAAAAGCCCUUAUGUGGAUGACAUGGGAGCCAUUGGAGAUGAGGUGAUAGCUUUGAAUAUGAUAAAAAGUGCUCCAGUUGGGCCUGUAGCAGGAGGUAUCAUGGGAUGUAUAAUGGUUCUAGUUCUGGCGGUCUAUGCCUAUCGUCACCAGAUCCACCGCAGAAGUCACCAACACAUGUCCCCACUUGCAGCACAAGAAAUGUCAGUCCGCAUGUCCAACCUGGAGAAUGAUAGGGAUGAGAGGGAUGAUGACAGUCACGAAGACAGAGGAAUCAUCAGUAACACUCGGUUUAUAGCAGCAGUUAUUGAGCGGCAUGCACACAGUCCUGAACGUAGACGCCGUUACUGGGGGCGGUCAGGAACAGAAAGCGAUCAUGGUUAUAGUACUAUGAGUCCUCAGGAAGACAGUGAAAACCCUCCCUGCAAUAAUGACCCAUUAUCAGCUGGUGUAGAUGUGGGAAAUCAUGAUGAAGAUUUAGACCUGGACACCCCUCCUCAGACUGCUGCACUCUUGAGUCACAAGUUCCAUCACUACAGGUUGCACCAUCCAGCGGUACAUCAUAGUCACCACUUACAGGCUGCAGUCACAGUACAUACUGUAGAUGCAGAAUGCUAACGACCUCUGACCUUGGGGGGAAAUGCAGCUAGUGAGUACUGACUCGUCCAGGCAGUGAAGGCCAGACUUGCAUUUGUACCUUUACCAGGCAUGGUCUUGACUAACUUCAUAAAACUCCUUUCAAAUGAAAACUUUACAUUUCUAAAAUGUAAGGUUAACUCUGAAGUGGAGGAGAAAUUACCAUGAUGAAUGAACCUGCCAUAACAUUCAAUAAAACAGAAUAAGAGGAAAGUUCGGCCUCCAAACACAGGAAGAAAGGUUUAUACAGUGAACGGAGCCUUUUGAACCCUGUUAAUCUGAGCCAAGAAAAGAAUCUGCUCAGACGAAGGAGAGGGAGAUCUUUGCUUUCCUUAACUGGAAGAACAGAAAUCUUUGCAGCUAGAGACAAGAAGGUGCCGGAUCCAGAAAUAGUCGUUGCCACAAGGUUUCCAUUUGUUGAGGGUGUUCUUGGUUUUUUUAAAAAAAGUUCAUUACUCUUACAAAUUGCUGUAUGGGACCUGGGACAGUGCAUCUCCAGAUUUUUAAAUAAAGGAUUAUUUUUGUACUAUU